AUGGUGGGUCCUUCACCCAGGCGAGAUGUGGGGUUUAUUCUGACACUCAUUGAGCUGCUUGGUCACGCUGUUGUUGCGGAGAUGCAGGAAAUUUCUACGCGGUGGGAUUACAACAUUGUGCCAACGCGACGUCUGCGAAAGAAGGCGUUGAUGGUUCUUACUUCGCCUGCAGAGCGGGAGUACAAGGCAAAUCAGACCAUCCAGAACUGUGUGAUGAGGUUUGCUUAUCUUCUCGAGGGAUUGUUAGCGGGAGCUGCGGAUGCCUUGCCGCACCUUCUUCCAGAC